AUGAUAUAAAAAAUAAGCGAAAUCUUCAAAUUUGAUUCUGAAUUCCUUCGAUUUCUAAAGAAAAGUAGUCUUUCCAAAGACAAUUAAGUAUUCGACUAAGAAGAAAUAGAGUUUUUAUUAUAAUUCAUGACUAAGGAUAAGAACCUGAGGGAGUUUUUUGAGUUCUACUCGAACUCUGACAUGCAGACCUAUAAUAUUAAAAUGAAAAUGCUCAUUAUCACUCAUUAGUUUAUUCAUUCAAACGAAGAAUUCUCCAAAUUAUUUACUUCUUUAAGAUUAACAAAUUUUAGUUUACUCAAACACAGUCAUAGAAAUUAUGAAGCCUGGUUACUCACAAAUAUAUAAAUUCCAUUUUUAUCUUAUUUAUAAAAAUUGGCCAUCAGCUUCAAGGAAAUAAAAAGUUACAAAACAAGUCUUUUUAGAAAAUCAAAUUAUUCGAAUCUCAUGAUAGAUAGUUUUAAGAUGGUGAAUUUAGUCAAUAUGGCUCUUUCUCUUGUGCCUAAUUUGAAGAUUGCCCUUAAAAACUAUCCACAAGAUAGACUAUUAUAAAAGUUAACCUUUAAUAUUUAUUAAGAAAUUCAAGGUUAUUAAAAAAAUCUAAUAAAUGCAAUUAUUAUAUUAUUGAAUGAGAACUCAAAAAAUUAAAGUGUUGACUUAUAUGAAUUCUUAAGAGAGUUGAAAGUAAUUGAAUAGAAAAUGAUAUCAUACCACCAAUUUCGAAGUCAGUAUGACCCAAAGGCAGUCCUGAAGUCUCCCUCGUAGAUUUAGAUAUUUUUUGAGAAUCAGACUAAAUGUUCAACUUAGUAAAAUGCUUGUAAGGCCAAAACUAAAAGAGAAUUCCAUCACACAACCUCAAGGUCAAGAUAAUCAACAGGCGAGGAAGCCACAACUCCGAAGAGUUAAAGGCUUCUAUAUUACUGCAAUCAUAAAUAUUCGUCUUGUGCAUAACUUCUACUGAAAGAUUAGGAGAUGGUUAUUCAAGAGGAGUCAGAAAAAUAGAUAGAUUAAACUUUAUAAUAAUAAUGA